CCCACCUUCAUGCACACCCCGACACACGCAAACAGGAAAAGAAGAGAAAGCCAGACAGAGGAACUGCGACGGCAUGAUGGGGAAAUUCUGCCUGCGUGGGCUCCGCCACUGAGGUGUCCAGAGUUCAGCUACAGCGCGCUUCUACGUGUGAGUGUGUGUGAGUGUGGGGGUGCGUGAGCGUGUGUGAGCGUGCAUGAGUGUGCAUGCAUUCAGAUGUGAGUGAGUGAAAGCAAUCGGCACGGUGCAAAGGGGCAGAGGAGUGUUGACUCAGUCCGGACGCCACAGGAUCAGAGGACGCGGAUGUGCGACAAGUACUCCCAACAGCUGCUGCCUCUGCCGCUGCUCCGCAUGCCUCCGCGUCCUCUCAACUUCUGCCAUGGAAAAGCCUCCUCUUCCAGCUCGCCUCUAAUCCGCUGAGGGAAACGGGCAUGCAGGGGCACAAGCGGGGAUCUAGGCUAUCGCAUCUUUUACGUCAGCAUCGCUCAGUCUGAGUGACACUACUGGCCAACUGGCUCCACAAACAAGGGCCGUCGAUAUUUCAUGGAGGUGGGACAUGCUGCAGAUGACGUCACCUGGCGACAGUCUGCCUAAAAGAAACAUGGUGAGCAAAGAGGGUGGCAAAUGCAUGCUCACCAACUCAGAGUCCGACUCAGAGGCACCGCCUUUGCCCUCCACUUCCCUGGCACUGGAGUAUUCCCUGGAAGCCAGUCGACAGGUGAGGAAGAGAAACAAAGCCCUGCAAGUGCGCUUCAAGGACAUCUGCGAGGCACAGAACGAGCAAAGGGAGGCGGAGCUGCAGGCGGCUGGGAAAGGCGGCAAGCCAAUGUCGUACAAAGUGGCGUACCGCAAGUACAUGACCGUUCCUGCCCGCAGGUCCAUUCCAAACGUCACGAGGAGCACCGGUGUCCAGACGUCCCCAGACCUAAAGAAACGUUACCAGACCUUUCCCUUUGAGCGCAAAAAAGGCCACACAUUUAAACACGUGGCAGCAGUGGAAACGUAUAAAGGUCACAAUAACGGCUUUGUCAUGGAGGCGAAGCAAUCCAAAGCGGCUGAGCAGGGUUUAGACGAGGAGGAGGGAGCGAGCAGUGGGAGAGGAGUCCUGAGGACCAGGGCUCUGCUCCAUACUAAUGAGUGCAUUGCCACAGUGGAGCAGCACAGUGCACCUGAUGGCCUGUGCUCUGAUGCUCUGCUGCUCAGUUGCACUGCAGACACAGACUGCCUUGUGGGUACGCCGAGAGGAAGCGGAGCUGGAACACAAGGAGAGUACCAGCUUUGCAGCGUUCCGUCCAAAGCCGGAACUGGAUUACAACACAGGGAGCCUGACGUAGACCGCCUGGCCAAGAGGCAGCUGCUCAAUUUGGAGGAAGGCUCGUCCCGAACUCUCCCGGACAGAACCUCCAAGGUUACGGGCCCCAUUGCCUGGAACUCUCUCACACAGGUGGAGUGCCUGGACAGUCCGUCUGUGCAGAGCAAGAGGAAGAAAGGCCUGCAGCUGAACGGACUGUCUAGUGAGACUCUACCACAAACCAGCAGGGGCUGUACAACGCAGGCACAGUGCAGUACAGGGCAGCUUUCGGCCCGGCCUUUGCGGGGCAUGGAUGAGCCUCCGUCAGGCUGCAUGGGCAGUCAGGCUGAUGGAGCUUCCUCCGACCAAACACAAGAAGCCUGCAAGCAAAUAGUGCCUGUAAAUCAGGAUGGGGACGUAAAAGCACAGCUUCAAGCCAUGGAAAACCUCAUCAGUUCCAGUCAGGAGACCAUCAAAGUGCUGCUGGGCGUCAUCCAGGAACUGGAAAAGGGAGAGGCCCACAGAGAAGGACUCUCCUAUCGAACUGGACAGGACACAGCCAACUGUGACACAUGCCGGAACAGCGCAUGCAUUAUUUACAGUGUGGAACUGGACUUCAAGCUGCAGGAGGACAAGCUACAGCCACUGAUGAAAAGGCUUUGCCCUCCAACGGACUCCCACUUCCCUCCCCUGCCUUACCCCCAGGAGGCCUUCACCUCCACUCCAAAACGCAAGUCCAAAGCUGAAUCCAAGAAGCAUGCCCGCUGGAAACUUUGGUUCCUGUGAGAGCUGCACGACCGUCUCCGAACCCUAAAACUGACAAAGGAUUUAAGCAAGGAUCUAAAUUUCUUCACAUUCUUUGGUUUUUACAACCUGAAGGAUUUUAUAGACCUGUUGGGCACUUUUAUUGAAGACCUCUGGAUAUACCUAAAUGGCAGUAGAAGUGAUAGAAGCGUGGACUGCAUGGAUAAUUAACACAGUCAUGCCCAACAAAAAUGGAAUAAGUCAUAACUUUGCCUAAUUUCCUGAAACAACAACAGGGAAACAUAUUCAAAGAUCAGCAAGAUGAGGAGACGAGCUUACUUGCCGCUGUUUCCUGGCUUCUAUUUUUUAUUACUGAUGUAGACCUGUUCCCGUUUCAUGUUGACGGAGAGAUGUCCGCCAUAUUUCUAUUCAGCUGUUGGGAUUUUCUCUUCCCUCUGAGUCUCCAGGAGAGGCUGAUCACUCAAUGCUGAAGCACCAAGGCCUACAUAAACAGCAUAUCAUUGUACUGCAAAGCACAAUUAAUACUUUUCAGGAUUCCGUAUCUCCAGAAGUAACAGGAGAGAAUAAUUUUUGAUCAUCUUGUACCAACAAUACAUGAUGGACUGAGUAUUUUCAUUAGCAAAAGACCUAAAGGAGAAACGCUGGAGAGGUUUGUUUGGACUUCUGUGGUAAACCUUCUUUUCAUUGAUAAAAUGUGUCAAAAGAACAUAUGACUUUGGAGAAAAUAAUGAAUAAAUACCACUUAUUUUCUUAAUAACA